AUGGCGACCAAUGACAGCAGCCCUACGCACUCCCGCCGAUUAUUUAUCACCGAUGGUUCAACGAAAGUAAGGUAUUUAAUUGAUACUGGAGCCGACCUAUGUGUGUUUCCGCGUGCACAACUUCCGCAACCUAGAGAAAAGUCAACCUAUGAACUUUCCGCUGCUAACGGCACCAUUAUCUCAACAUAUGGAAUACUAACUUUGACCCUCGACCUAGGACUUCGACGACAGUUUACAUGGCGAUUUGUUGUGGCUGACGUUUCGAAACCUAUCAUCGGCGCAGACUUCCUCUCACAUUUUGGGUUAUUAGUGGAUAUGAAGAACAAACGUCUUCUAGACUUAACCACUCAUCUCGCGUGCCACGGGAAAGUGAUUGAGUGCAAGUCAUCAUCCAUUAAGACUGUUACAGGCUCCUCACCGUUUCAUGACCUUCUGCAACAAUUUCCGGGAACAACCCGACCAGGAGGCACUCUUACGUAUGUAGCCCAUUCGACCAAACAUCACAUAAUCACCAACCCUGGACCACCCGUCGCGCAGCGACCAUGA